AUGGAUCCCGCAACGCCCAAUGCGCCCUUCAAAUGGGAAGCCGCAUCUGGUCUUGCAGACGAGUUGCACGAGAACAGACAUCGCAGAAUUGCCGAGCUUGUCGCAGAAUACAAGGCUGUAGGUGAAGAGGAAGGAAGGCAGGCACAACCAACCCCAAGGCCCGGUCUGGAUGAGUUGCCACUCAAUGUUCACCGGCCCCGAGUACAGCCUGCACGCCCACAACAUGAUCCUGAUGAGCAAGAUGAUGCAGAGGACAAUGAUGAAAACGAUGACAUCGAGGCGACAACCACCGACACCACAGCCAGUGAUCACAUGGCUCCCCCAGGCAAACCUACCAAGGCUGAGAAGCGUGCACUGAAGAGAGCUGCCAAAGCGGUCAAGUCCCAGAACAAGGCAUUCAAGAACCAAGCUAGACAUACAAUCAGCGUCAAGACCCAGGAUGUCGAAUUUGUCAAUACAGUCCUUCACGGCGAGGCCGCUCCAAGCGGUGCAACCCAUCCAUUGGCUUCCGACAAAACUAUCGAAGAAGUCAUCCAGAGAAACUUGGGGUUUGUGUCUCACAUUGAAGCGCACAAGAGACAGCUGAUCCACAGCAUUGGAAUUCGUCGAAGGGAUGAGCGUCGCAAUGGAACGCCGAACCCCAAGGACAAUAAGAAACGACGGUUCAGCGCAGUCAGCAACAACAGUCACCAAGACGAAGAUGAGGAAGAUGAAGAGACCGAAAAUCUUUUGACAGCCGUUCUCGUCAGACUUGGGAUUGACCAGGAACAAAUCAGACUGAGUGGUUGUGCUGGCAAGAGAAAUACAAAUUUGAGGAAGAGUCUCGGAAAACAUUCUUCUUUGACCGGAACAUCUUCCACAGCUCAUGGCAACAACUAUUCCAGCCCAGCAGCGCAUCGUCUAUCCAUCGUGGGUAGCCUGAAGAGACUUGUCAGGGAAGAUUUGGAGAAGUUCGAUAACGACCAACACGAGACUUAUAUUCGGGCUGGUGGCUUCUGGAGGUACGUCGGAAAACCCGUGUUCGACAGGAUGACUGCAAUUGCUGGAGAAUUGGACUGGAAGACGGGCGUGAAGUUGAAGGAAGUGAAUGCUGGCAUCGAAUGA